CAAUAAACCGCCCUUCCCCUCUCUCUCUCUGCAACUUCGAUUUCCAUUCUUUCACUGCAACUUUGAUUUCCAUUCUCUCUGAAACACGCGUCCAAAGCUCCUUCUCUCUCUCUCUUCUCUUCUCUGUCUCUCGCUCUAAAAUAUUUGAAAAAAAAAACUUCAGCUUUCUGCUUGGAAGGACUGCUGAGAUCGUGAAGAAAACAUUAAAUUAAGACUAAUGGUCAAUGCUCUCUUCCGCUACCUCCGCCUACUUUUAUCUGCUCGAUUUCUUUCCAUUUCAUAAUUAAAGACUGUGUCUUUAAAGGGGUUCAUUGAUUUCCUCAUUGCUUUGGAAGGAUAGUUAAGCAUUUGAACGGAAUUCGUUUGAAAUGUUGCCUUGGAAUGGUAUAAGAAUCGGUAGAGAAGUAUACAACGAAUAAGGGUUUCUUUGAUGAGAGUCUUCGUCGAUGAGCUGCAAGAGGGUGAUGGCUUUGUCUCCAAGGUCCGGAACUAAGAGUCUUGAUUCGAGCCAUAGUGGACCUUUUUCCGGUCUGGUUAUAUGUGUUACUGGUCUCUCUAAAGAGGCCAGAAAGCAAGUCAUGGCUGCCACGGACAAAUUGGGUGGAGAGUAUAGUGCGAAUUUGCAUCCUCAAUGCACUCAUUUAGUGGUCCAGAGCUUUUGUGGCCGAAAAUUUGAGCAUGCACUGAAGCACGGUAUCAGGAAUGGUCUCUCUGUUGUAACUCUCAGCUGGUUCAUUGAUAGUGUCAGGCAGAACAGGAGGAUGAGUGAAUCACAUUACAAUGUGAGAACCGUAGUACAAUCCGGUUUUCUAGCUGGGGAGUUGAGUCGGCUUGUUUCAAUUGGAGACACAGAUAAGUCUUGUCUCCCCAAUAUUGUAUAUGAGGGCAUGAUAUCAUCUAGUACCAUUUCAGAAACCCAGCUUCUUUUUCCUGGGAAGGAACAUUGCAAAAGUGGUUCUUCUAUUCUUGCCGGGCAAUGCAUAUAUAUUGAUCCAGAUAUUUCACCUGAAUUGCAUCAAAAGAUUGUCGAAGCAGGGGCUAAAGAAGGUGCUAUUUUUAUAGACAAGUGGUUUAUCGGUUGCAGUGCUACUCAUGUAGUUUGUGAAGGGAAUUUAUUGCGGAGAUAUAUUGGCUGUGCUAACCAUCUUGUUACUCCACUCUGGAUAUUGAAAUCAACAAAGGAGAAGUGUCUACAAAGGCUUGUUCAUUUCUCUGCUGACCUAGCUAGGCAGGUCACUGUGAUCCUUGAUAAUGCCCACAUUGAUCCUCCAAUGCAGGAUGCGAAAGGUCAUGGUUCCAUUCGAAAUACCCCACUUUCCAUGGAGCCUUUGACGGAAAAAAAGUUACCGGAGCAUAUUGGAAAGAGGCAGAAAAUGAUUGAACAGGCCAAGACUGGUGUUAGAAAUAGGCGUGGUCACCGGAUACAAUCUGCUGAAGCAGUAAUACGUCCAUUAACUCCUAGCACCCUUCUGGAUUCCAUUUGUUGGUCCAUUUCAGAGCCAUCAUUAACUGCUCGAAUCUUUAUGGACACUUCUGCAAGCCCAUUAUUUGAGACUGGAACAGAAGAUGCAGUUGACCAUGCUUCUCUCUUCUUCGAUGCUCAUGGAGAUGGAAGGGAGUCAGAAGCAUCGGGAGAUGAUAAUAUUUCCCGACCUCUAAGGGAAAGUGAGAAGAGAGAGGUCAUAUUUAAGGGUGCAUUCCUUACCAUAUUGUUCCCUGUGGACCGAUUUGGCGAAAUGGGGCCAUCUGCAAGAACAUUCUUCUGUGCAGGAGGGUUCUCUCGCUUAAGGAUUUUGGAUCACAUAUAUGCAUUUUACCAGGAAAACAUGUCGGAAGAUGAAAUAGACGUUGCAAUUCACACUGAUUCAAGGCAUGCCGAUAGGCUAAGGUCCAUCUAUGCCAGCAAAGAAUCAAUAGAAGAAGGUGUCGUGCCCUUCAAAAGGAUAGAUUUUCUUGGGAGCCGAAGGAGCUUUGAAUUGCUCAAACGUGUUAGUGGAGAAACUGGAAACCAUGUAUAUGAAUUGCAGAUAGGAGCAUGAACGUUUCAGAAAACACGACCAAAAUAAAAAAGACGCGAACCUCAUGGAGCUAGACUAUAUUCUUAGUCAAAUGGGCAAGAUUACCAUCUUAUGAAAUGAUGAAUGGUGAUUCACAAGAAAGGGAUAUGACUUCAGUGGUGGGUCCUGUGCUCUUCCUGUAUCGCCAUCUAUUAGGGAGGUCCAAGUGGUGGGUCCAUGUCUCUCUUUACCAUCGUCCAUUACGUUGAACAGUGAUGACGAAAGUGACUAUGGCUUGCUGUAGUCCCAUGGGUUAUAAUAUAUUUACUCCUAUCCAGAUUAUUGUUAACUGUAUCAUUAAUUACGUAGUGGAGCUCACAAGAAAAGAAAAAUAAUUAUUUGGAGUUUGAGAUCUCUGCUAGAGAAACCUAAGAGAUUUAACAGUUCUAUGUAAUUAUUGUGACUUUUACCCAUCAAGAAAACAUAAAGGGAGAAAGGGAGCUGAAUUUGGU